AUGGGCACGGACGACCCGGCGUUCGACGCCAUGCCUCGACGACGUAAACGACACUUUCACUGGAGGGGAUUCUUUGAAAAUGAUCGUCGAGUUUCGUCGCGUGCGACACUCUUCUCACUCCUUCUCUUAACGCUACUCGUAAUCGUCUUCUUUUCCUUCGCGUUGUUUUCCCCGUCGUCGGUACGCGAAAUCGUCGGUUUCGAUUUCGAUUCAGGACCUGUUCUCAGCACCAGCGGGAGGAAAACGAAGAAGAGUGCGGACGUAAACGAUGAAAAGAAUAACGACGGAGUAUUCGGCGGGCAUUCGCUCGUCAAAGGCGAAGAUUCGGUGGAAACGAAAGUUGAAUUUUGGCCGAAACGUUUCGGAGACAAGAGAGAAAAAGUGUUUUGGAGAAGAUUCGCCUUGGAGUCGAUGUUUGAAUAUUCGGAGGAUGUGAGACUUUUACCGAAACUGGCGAUGCCGUAUGGGCUGAACGCGACUGCGAGGGAUAUGGAGGAGGAGAAAAGACGAGAGAAUUUAUACGGAAGCGCAAAGAAGAAAGGGAAGAAAAGAGUCUCGAAAGACGCCGUCGAUAAGAUCACGAGGAAGGAGUACGAGAGGUUUAUUUCCAUGUACGGGAACGAGGGGCUGAAGUUAGCCGCGACGAGAGCGUUUCAGUUUCUUCAGCUCAGAGGGAGCACGAAAGACGACGAGGCGUUUGUGAAUAAAGAGCAGUUUUUGGAGAUGGUUUUAGAGGAAGUGGGCGAAUCGUCGUCUCGCGGGAUGGAGAGCGUAGUGAACGGAGGCGGAAGCUCGGCAAUGAGUCGAGCGUUUCAGUUGACCAACGAGACGAGGCAUUUGUUGCUGCAAAGAAACGAGAAGCGAGCGUCGAGGAUUCCGGGCUGUGCGAUUUCCUUGCACGCGGGUGAUCACACGCACGUGAAGAUUGACCGGUCGCAAUCCCUACACUUUUCUGGAACGAAACACAUGACCAUAGAAGCGUGGGUUAAACCUCGCAAAUCGAAAGAUUUCGGUGGGACAAUCAUCGCUAAGUACAACAGAGGCGUGGUUGGACAGUUCUUCGUGCACGUUGAGCAAAAUGGGGCGGUUUUUUUCCACCGCGAAGUUGCCCCGUUUGGUUUGCGUUCGAGCGUGCGUUUACCCGCGGACGAUUGGUCGCACGUAGCGGUGACGUACGGCGGCGGGUAUUCGAAAAUGUUCAUCAACGGGACUUUGAGAGGCGCGCAGGAAGAGAAAGGCCAAGGUUGGGACGCACAAAACCCGAUCGUUAUCGGUGCUAUUCUCGACCACGGUAACGCGGCGUCCAUCUUUAACGGCGACAUCGACGAAGUUCGAAUUUGGGGCGUCGACCGAUCGCAAAUAGAUAUUGAAAACAGCAUGCACGGAAAAUUACACGGCUUUGAGCGAGGAUUGAUGGGUUCCUGGUCGUUCGACGAGUGCGCGGGCUUAAAGACUCGAGACGUUCAAGGACGCCGAGACGCGCAGUUACACGGUGGACGAUGGGUUCGAAGCUCGUUAGUGCUCUUCAGCCACGAAGACGAAGAACGCGCGAGGUGCGAACGCGAAACGCCCGGGAAGUGCUCGAAAGCGCACUUGGAAAAACGUAGAGAGUUUCAAAACGAAGAAUAUUGGCGCCGAUCGAUCGAUGUUCUCGAAGCGCAAGCAAAACUGAAUAAGGACAUUGGCGAAGAGAUGCCGAAAGUGCAACAACUUCUCGACCGAGUGAAGCGAUUAGAGUUUCGAGAUUAUCGAAGAGGCGAGGUUAUCGUCAACAUCGAAAAGAGGAACCAAAAUCACACGCAAGAUUUAUCGGAUUUGCACAACGUUCUCAAGGCGCACGAAGAAGAAGUUCACGAGAUGAUGGAAGACAGCACGUCGAGAGGGAGGAGGAAGAAGAAGAAGAAGAAAGUCCAUCUCUUCAACGCCUCGAAGGUAUGCGACGAUCCCGACGACCCGGAGUGUGACGACGAUUGGGAUUUCUUGGAUCCGGUGGAAAAACUGCUUCGACAAAUCGCCAACGCGACGAGACAAGACGUCGAACUUUCGAAGAAAAUCAAACGCCGCGAUCGUAUGGCGAGAAAAAAACUGCGCGAAGAAGAGGAAACGAGAGAUGUAUUCAAAAGAGCGAGCAUUCAAGCGGCCAAGGAAAGGAAUGCGAAAUUGAACGCGGCGGGCGGGAAACCGCUUUUAAAACGCAGACGCAAAGAUUCGGACGUGUUGACCCAGAACGAUUUAAAAAUGCUCACCUACGAGAAACGCGAAGGGAACGCGGCAACGGGGAUGGGAGAUGUAAGUGGCGGGCAAGAUUUCGAGGACGUCGUGGCUGGAACCAUCUCGAGCGCUGGAAACGCCGUCGAGGUGGACGAUUUGAACGACGACGAGGAUUGGGUCUUCGACGACGAGAGCGACAACGAAAUUUCGUUCGGCGACGACGAUUCGAGCGGCGCGGAAGAUGAAAAUCCAGAUGACGAAAAAUCUGCGGUGAAGAACAUUCUAAAACGCGUCGGUAAGCGAGGCAAAGAGAUGAAAGAGCUGGAAAAACGAAAACGACGGGAACAUAGGUUGAAAAUGCUCCAAGAUGCGAGCGAGGAACAGUUGGAGUUGGAAGCGGAAAACGAAGCCGAGAACAUCGUCAAGAACUUAUUCGGCAUGCGAGAAAUUCGAAAGAAAUUAAAAGAUCCGACGAAUUCGUUGUCGGACGAUUAG